UACAAACUUCCUUGUGAGUUGCUUAUUGUUUCUCUCAGUUGUUGUGUCAACUUGUGUCCAGUUGCCACACCACAUCACACCUGCGCCGAGAUGAACAUAUCAAGAUAUUCCUCCAUGUCGUCUUACGGCGGACCGACCUACAGCCAGUCUGUGCGGAGAUCCAUGCCGCUCCAGUCCAGCGCCAGCAGCGUUAGCGGCUUCGGCAACCGCUUAGCGGUCAGCCGCGUCUCCAGCUCCCUCCACCGCUCCGGCUCCUUCGGCAGCAGCAGCAGCGGCGGCGGCGGCAUGGGCAUGGGCAUGGGCAUGGGCAUCGGGGCUGGCUCCAACCAGAAGGAGACCAUGCAUGAUCUGAACGACCGGCUGGCCACCUACCUCGACAAAGUGCGCAACCUGGAAAGCGCAAACGCCCAGCUGGAACUGCAAAUCCAGGAGCACUUGGACGCCCGCUCGCCCAGCAGCCGCGAUCUUAGCGUCUACGAUAAACCCUUGAACGAUCUUCGUAAAGAGGUCUUUGAUAUGACUGUGGACAACGCCCGCCUGAUCCUGCAGAUUGAUAAUGCCCGGCUAGCGGCUGAUGACUUCAGAGUGAAGUGGGAGUCAGAGCUGACCAUCAGGCAGUCUGUGGAGAACGACAUCAAUGGUCUGCGCAAAGUCAUCGACGAUACCAACAUUGGCCGCCUGAACCUGGAGACCGAGAUUGAAUCGAUGAAAGAGGAGCUGAUCUACAUCAGGAAGAACCAUGACGAGGAGGUCAAAGCCCUCCGGUCCCAGAUCAGCGACUCGACCGUGCAUGUGGAGGUGGAUUCCCCUCGUGGCCCGGAUAUGACCAAGAUCAUUGCCGAGAUCCGGGGUCAGUAUGAGACGGUGGCUCAGAAGAACAAGGAAGAUGCCGACAAUUGGUUCAAGACCCAGAUGGAUACCUACACGGUGGAGGUGCAGCAAAACAACGACGAUCUCGACGGUGCCAAGGGCCAACUGAGUGACCUGCGUCGCCAGUUCCAGAGUCUGGACGUUGAACUGCACAGUCUUCUGAGUGUGAAAAGCUCGCUGGAGGGCACCCUGUGCGAUACAGAGCAGAGGUAUGAGAUGGAGCUGCAGAAAAUAAAUGCGUUGAUCACUGCACUGGAGUCUGACCUGAUGCAGGUGCACCUUGAGCUGCAGUCCCACGCGAGUGACUACGAGCAACUGUUGAACAUAAAGAUGAAGCUGGAGGCAGAAAUUGCAACAUACAGACGUCUGCUGGAUGGUGAAGAUAUGGGUGGACACGUUGAAUCCACAAAAGGCGUCUCAUCGCAUACCAUCAAGAAGACCAUGACCACCACCCAGAAGCUGGUGGACGGCAAGGUGGUGGCCGAGAACGAGGUGGUCAUCAUCAAGUGAUGACACAGAUGCCGCAAGCAGCGCCUCUACGCCCCCACGCCCAGCCCGAGCACAUCUGGCCUCUUGCAGCUUAUCCGCCUUCUGUAGCUCGGCUCAAUAAAGACAUGGCUUAAAUUUUA